AAGGCUACGGCUGAGAUCUCGCGAGAUACAGUGACGCGCUCUUCGCUGAGUUCUCGCGAGGUUAACGGGCCUCUCCUGUCUAUGGUCGAGGUCUCGCGAGAUUUUGUUCAGACAGUUUGCGGUGACGCACGGAAGGUGGAUUCAGGGAAACGUUCGGUGAACGGGAGAUGGAACUGUGAGACGGCUACAGGUGUUGCGUGUGGUAUGGCAGGACGGCUCCAACCUUAUGACCGUAACGCCAGUGAUCCAGAGAAUGGGGAUCGGAAAUUUUAUAGUAGACCUUGCAAACUAUAUAAGCAUUCAAGCACCCCAUCACGUGGUCCUAGAUCAGGAACAAGUAACACAAAAAUGAAUCCACACGGUGCCAGUGGAGGUCACGAACGUUCAAGAGAUAGACGUCGUUCAAGUGACCGAUCUCGGGAUUCAUCCCAUGAAAGAGGCGAGAGUCAGCUAACUCCUUGUAUUCGGAACGUCACCUCCCCUACAAGGCAGCAUCAAAGCGAUCGAGAGAAGGAAUACUGUUCCUCGCGUCCAGGCAGCCCCCGUCCUCAGAAAACCUCCCCGAAUGGUUCCAGUAGUUGCAUUGGCCUAAGUAGCCGGAUGGGUAGCCAGUCCAGCUCAGAUGGCAGCUGUAAGACCUCCAGCGAGAUGGUAUUUGUUUACGAGAACGCUAAAGAAGGAGUUCGAAAUGUUCGCACGUCAGAGCGGGUCACUCUUAUAGUGGACAAUACCAGAUUCGUUGUAGAUCCUUCCAUUUUUACUGCGCAGCCAAACACAAUGUUGGGCAGGAUGUUUGGAUCAGGCAGAGAACAUAAUUUCACACGUCCCAAUGACAAGGGAGAGUUUGAAGUUGCAGAAGGAAUCAGCUCCACUGUGUUUCGAGCAAUUUUGGAUUACUACAAGACGGGAAUAAUCCGGUGCCCAGAUGGGAUCUCUAUCCCCGAGCUGAGAGAGGCAUGUGACUAUCUAUGUAUCGCAUUUGAAUAUAGCACUAUCAAAUGUCGAGAUCUGAGUGCCCUGAUGCACGAAUUGUCAAAUGAUGGGGCCCGACGACAGUUUGAAUUUUACCUUGAGGAGAUGAUCCUUCCCUUGAUGGUAGCCAGCGCACACAGUGGGGAACGAGAGUGCCAUAUUGUAGUUCUUACAGACGAUGAUGUGGUUGAUUGGGACGAAGAAUAUCCCCCACAAAUGGGAGAAGAAUACUCACAGAUCAUCUACAGCACCAAGCUGUAUAGGUUCUUUAAAUACAUUGAGAAUCGCGAUGUUGCCAAGUCUGUCCUGAAAGAACGGGGGCUGAAAAAGAUUCGUCUGGGUAUCGAAGGUUACCCUACAUACAAGGAGAAGGUGAAGAAGCGGCCAGGUGGGAGGCCAGAGGUGAUUUAUAAUUAUGUACAGAGACCCUUUAUCAGGAUGUCAUGGGAGAAGGAAGAAGGGAAGAGCCGCCACGUAGACUUUCAGUGUGUGAAGAGCAAGUCUAUCACCAACCUGGCUGCUGCAGCAGCUGAUAUUCCACAAGAUCAGCUUGUUGUAAUGCACCCAACACCCCAGGUGGACGAACUUGAUAUCCUCCCGAGCCAACCGACGCCAGGGAACGAUACAGAUCCAGACGGACAAAACUCAAACCUAUAAUUCACACGGACUGGUCGGAGGAUUGUGGGUGCGCACAGGGGCAGGUUUUCCACAGGCGCCUCUGAGAAUCUACCGUCACAGCAGUACCAGGUCAAGCGUCAUUGUCCGGGAAAUGAUGCUCCUUUAAAGCCACCAAACCAGUGUGGUGGAUUCAGCUAUGAUUAGGAGAGUUGGCCCAUAAAAUUACAGCUACUUGUGUUUGUUUAAUACAUAGGAAACACGUGGAUUGUGCUGUAUGAAUAAUUUUGCUUUCAUUUUAACGACCAAAGGGAUACAAUCAUUGUGAGGUUUCACUUGUGCAAUGUAUUUUACUGCUGGGCUGCCUUUAUUUAUCAAACGAGUCCCCCUCCCCCCCCUCCCCUUUUCUCUUUUCUUACCCAUUGGGACGAUUUUUUUUUUACUUGUUACAACACAAAGGGUUAACCUUGCGUCUCACUCAUUGUGGCACUUUAUGGCUGGUUUCAGAUCGAUGUUUGUUUGUAAAGUCAUUUUAUAUUAUAUUAGUACUAACUUAAAAAAAAAAAAAAUCUAUGAAAAGUUAUGUUUUGCUUUAUAGUUGUAUAAUCCCUUUUAUGUCUGGAUUCUGAUUGAGCACAAGAGGAAAGUUUUUUCUUAAACCACUGGAGUAUUUAAUUUAUAAGGAAGUAAAUUCUUUACUUUAAUAUAUGGUCAGAUAGGUAAUGAGUACAUUUCACUGCUCCUGGCAUCUCUGUGUCAGAACAGUUCUAACAAAUCCAGGGUCGCUCCAGCACCGCCUUACAUUGGUUCACCAAUAGUGACAGGUUUACCAAUAAAAGUUGUUAAUUGAAAUGAUUGUAUGUUUUGCAUUGAAAUAAAAGGUCAUUUUAUUGGCGAAA